AUGUUUUCGAGACACUCCUUGUGGGUCCCCGCCGCAUCUCAUUUUCCAAAAUUUGUGGAGCAUUUUAAUCGUUUUUUGAAAGCUUCCCCUCACAAUGUGGAGCUACAGAAAGCCCUUUGCUACAAGGAGGAGGAAACUCAACUGCUGAUAAUACAGGAUCCAAAGGCCCGUCAGCCUAUAUUUGCAAUGGCUUUCCCCUUUACUGUUACAUCUGCCCUCUGUGAUGGCUCUCGAAUGGGAUUGGGGACCUUUACUUCACUUGUCGACACCACAACGUCGCUACAUGUUGCCGCCGCACUGCUUCCCACAAAUGAUAUGCAUGUUUCGGUAAGCCUCCAGACUAAUUGUGUGCAGCCCAUCACGGCUGGGGAAAAGGUGGUGAUGAUUAGCCGCAUGGAUAAAUUCGGCAAGCGACUCGCGUUUCUCUCAGCGCGGCUUCUUCGCUUGGAUGAUGUUUACGAAAAUACCGUUGCUCCCACAGCAGGAAGAGAACUAGAAGAAUUGGAGCGUCAGCUCAGCCAAUAUCAAACGCUAGCGAACGGGACUCAUGUGAAGUGCAUUUUGACUGGAAAAUCGUGA